AUGGCAUUUUUGACGUUGAGACAGCAAUCUGAGUUGAUUCAGUGCUUGAUAAAAGCAGAUGGUGAACAAGUGCUGAAGCAAAUGGUCAAGUUUGCCGGCUCCAUCAACUUGGAAUCGAUUGUAGUUGUCCACGGAGAAGUCCGCAAAGUUGAGGAACCCAUCAAGUCUGCCACCGUUCAGGAUGCAGAGAUUCAUGUGAGCAAGAUCUAUGUUAUUUCAGCGGCUCCAGAACAAUUGCCUAUUCUUAUAGAAGAUGCCUCGAGAUCCGAUGCAGAAGCCGAGGCUGCUGGUUUACCUGUCGUCAAUCUUGAUACCAGAUUGGAUGCUCGUGUAAUCGAUUUAAGAACCACCACUAACCAAGCCAUCUUUAAAAUUCAAGCUGGCGUUGGUAAAUUGUUCCGUGAAUUUUUAGACAAGAAAGGUUUCGUGGAAAUCCACACCCCAAAGCUUUUGGGUGCUGCGACGGAAGGUGGUGCCAAUGUGUUUGAAGUCACCUACUUUAAGAGCCUGGCCUACUUGGCACAGUCUCCUCAAUUCUACAAGCAACAAUUGAUCGCAGCUGAUUUCGAAAAAGUCUACGAAGUUGCACCAGUGUUCCGUGCCGAGAACUCUAACACACACAGACACAUGACUGAAUUUAUGGGAAUGGAUUUGGAAAUGACGUUUGAAGAGCAUUACCACGAGGUUUUGGACAACUUGGCUGACUUGUUCGUGUACAUUUUCUCCGAAUUGAAGUCAAGAUAUGCUAAGGAAAUUGCUACCGUCAGAAGACAAUACCCCAUGGAAGAGUUCAAGCUUCCCAAGGACGGAAAGAUGGUGAGAAUCGAGUUCAAAGAAGGUGUGGCUAUGUUGAGAGAAGCAGGCAAGGACGUUGGAGACUUUGACGACUUGUCGACUGAGAAUGAAAAGUUGCUUGGAAAAUUGGUGAGAGAGAAAUACGACACCGAUUUCUACAUCUUGGACAAAUUCCCAUUGGCUAUCAGACCAGCCUACACCAUGCCCGACCCUGAAGACCCUCGUUACUCCAACUCGUACGAUUUCUUCAUGCGUGGAGAGGAAAUCAUGUCGGGAGCCCAGCGUAUCCACGAUCCCGAAUUGUUGAAGAAGAGAAUGAUCGACCUUGACAUCGACCCCAAUGCACCAGGGCUUUCUGAUUACAUCGAUGCGUUCACUUACGGAUGUCCCCCACACGCCGGUGGAGGUAUUGGAUUGGAAAGAGUGUUAAUGUUCUACUUGGAUUUGAAGAAUAUUCGUCGUGCAUCUCUCUUCCCCAGAGACCCCAAGAGACUCCGGCCAUGA